AUGGACGAAAGCAUUAGAAAACAGUUAGCUCGAUUCAGGAACCACGACGAUGGCGAUACUGCAACCAAGUAUCGCAUAUCAAAACCCCAUAAAACCCAACAACGCAAAUCAGUCGUGCCAACGAAGAAAGUCAAGAAACAAUAUGAAUUAAAUAGUGACCUUAAAGAUCUACAACCAUCGCUAGAUAAAAAUUUGGUCGUGGUCUUCAUAGGGUUUAAUCCAGGCAUACAAUCUUCUAUUCAACAACAUCAUUAUGCACAUCACUCCAAUCUAUUCUGGAAGCUCUUUAACCAAUCAAAGAUUUUACCAUGUGUCCUUGAAAGAUUAAUGCUACCAUUCGAUGACUAUUCCCAAUGGAUACGUUCCGAUGGAAGUAGUGCUGUGAAAGCCAGUGAUGAUUUUGAAUUGGUCAAGUGUAAAAUCGGGUUCACGGAUUUGGUUCUUCGAUGUACUAAAGAGGCUCUGGAGUUAUCUUUUGAUGAAAAGAUGGCCAAUGUACCACGGCUCAUACUGGAAUUUUCUCUGACAAAUGUGGAAAACAUAGUGGUGGUAGGAAAGGGUAUUUGGGAGAUAGUAGUGAAGUAUCUUUCUAAAAGUAUGGGAAUCAAAUUUAAGCUAACCAAGUCAAAUUUUGAUUGGGGACUUCAAUCUCAAAAUGCAAAUGACUCCACUCAUAAAGAUCCCAGUUACACUCAACUAUUAAGAACACUUCUGAAGUUAGUUGGACACAAGUUUCAGAUAUUUGUCUUCCCAAACACUUCAGGUCUUGUCACUACGAUGAAGUUUGAUGAGAAACUACAACUAUGGCUUCAACUUGGUGAAAAAAUUAAACUGUCAAUUAAUUAA